GAAAUUUUGCCUUUUUCAAAAAAAUAGUAAACACAUUUUCUUUUUGAAUUAUGUGUCACUGACUUUGUUUUGUUUCCUCUUUUACCAGAGAAUGCCCAUUGUUUUCUGCCUUGUUACCAUUCAAUCUACAGUUGCCUUAAAUCAAUCGAGUAGUGAAAAGAAAUGGGAGCUAAAACAAGUGUCUGAGACGUUGGAAUCCAGCUGAAAACCAUCAAAGUUUCUGCCCAACAAAGCACCUGAGUCUCAUCUCUCUCACCAAAUCCUUUCAAAGUGCCCUUAUAUAUACCAAGCACUCCCCCAAAGCUUCUCCAUUACUUUCCCUCUCUGCAACUCCUUCAACUUUGUGGUGUUAUCUUGUGCAAUUAUGGCAAAGAAUGUGGCUGGGUCUCCCCUUGAGAGAAAUGGGUUGGCCUCAUUUGACCAAAAGCUGGCCAUGGCCAAGCGCUGCUCUCAUGAGGGCGUAGUUGCAGGAGCUAAGGCUGCAGUUGUUGCCAGCAUUGCCACUGCCAUACCCACUAUGGCUAGCGCAAGAUGGCUGCCCUGGGCAAAGGCCAAUCUCAAUCACACUGCCCAAGCUCUCAUCAUCUCUACAGGUUGGUUUACAUUUUUAUCAUUUUUUGUAUGCCUCAUAGUUACAAAACAAAAGAUCAAAAUAAAUAAGAAUAAGAUACGAAAAAUGAAACCUAAGAAUAUAUACGAUAACACGUGCAUUUUGAUAGUGACAAUAUUACUAAGACUUUAAUUGAAUGACAGUGGCAGGAGCGGCCUAUUUCAUAGUUGCGGACAAGACAGUGUUGGCGUCGGCUCGCCGCAACUCCCUCAAGAAACCCUGCUUCUCCGACGUAUGAAUUUGAAUAUCUAGUAUUGAUGUAAACCCAGCUCUCUAUAAUCCAUGAGCAAACCUGUUAUGUAAAUUUACCAUCUUCUAAGUACUAAAUAAACGUGUGUUUCUGUUCUAAGCA